UCGGUUGGAGUUAAGAUAUGUUUGUUUAAUUUGUAUGUUUAUCGAUUUGUUUUUCACAUUAUCAAUUCUUAAACGCUAAAUAAAAAGUUUGCUUUUCUAUUUUAUCUUGCUCGACCAACGAAGUUUCUUUUCUUUUGACCACAUUACCACAUUAGAUUGUUUUUCAGUUUUUCUUUUUUCAUUGGGUGAAAAGCUCAUCAAUAUCUUAACAAAAUCUUUAUUUAGACUAUAAGGUUCAAAGCUCUUGACUUUAUCCAUUUGUAAUUCACUUUAAAGAAUAACAAACUCACAAAGCCAGCAAGGUAACAAAAGAAAAUUCACCUUAUAAAUUCAUCACCAAACAACACAUUUCUUCAAAUCAACUAAAAACAAAAACCAAAAUAAAAAAGAAAUGUCGACUUCUAAAACCAUAACCUUAACUCUUUUUAUCGCAACAACACUAUUCGCGUCCUGCAACGCAGUCGCAAACGCAACAACAAAACCGCUCUUCCCAGCGAUUCUAAUCUUCGGCGAUUCAACCGUCGACACAGGCAACAACAACUACCCUUUACCAACAAUCUUCAGAGCUGAACACUUUCCUUACGGCAUGGAUCUUCCAGAUGGCAAAGCUAACGGAAGAUUCUCAAACGGAAAACUUAUCUCCGACAUAAUCGCAACCAAACUCAACAUCAAAGAGUUUAUUCCUCCUUUCUUACAACCAAAUCUCUCCGACCAAGACAUUCUAACCGGAGUCUGUUUCGCAUCAGCUGGUGCCGGUUACGACGACCUAACCAGUCUCUCCACACAAGCCAUUCGUGUCUCGGAACAACCAAACAUGUUCAAGAGUUACAUUGCUCGUCUCAAAGGUAUCGUGGGAGACAAGAAAGCAAUGGAGAUCAUAAACAAUGCUUUAGUGGUUAUCAGUGCAGGGCCUAACGAUUUCAUUUUGAACUAUUACGAUAUUCCCUCAAGGCGUCUCGAGUAUCCUUUCAUUUCUGGUUACCAAGACUUUAUUCUUAAAAGGCUUGAAAAUAUCGUGCGGGAGCUUUACAGUCUAGGUUCCCGGAAUAUUUUGGUUGGAGGUUUGCCGCCAAUGGGGUGUUUACCGAUCCACAUGACUGUUAAAUUCCGCAACGUUUUUAGAUUCUGCUUGGAACAACAUAACAGAGACUCUGUUUUAUACAAUCAGAAACUUCAGAAUCUCUUGCCCCAACUCGAAGCAUCUCUUAAAGGAAGCAAAAUCCUUUACGCCGAUGUCUAUAAUCCUAUGAUGGAGAUGAUGCAAAACCCUAGCAAAUACGGGUUCAAAGAGACGAAGAGAGGAUGUUGUGGAACAGGGUUCUUGGAGACGAGCUUCAUGUGUAAUGUUUUCUCUCCUACGUGUCAGAAUCGGUCGGAGUUUUUGUUCUUUGACUCGAUUCAUCCAUCGGAAGCUACCUAUAAUGUCAUAGGCAAUCUUCUGGAUCCUAAGAUUCGUGGGAAGUUCCAGGCUUAAGUCAUCACGAGUUGCAAAACUGACACAAUGUUAUUUUCUUGUUUCAUUAUGCGACUAUUUGUGGACUUUUGUUUAUGAAUCAAGUGUAACAUUGGCUCUUAUUUGUGCUUUUUAAAUUUAGCCAAAUAUGACAACUAAUUAAUUUGA